AUGAGUUUAACUAAGCCAAUAAAGGAAUAUAAAUUGAUUUUACUAUAGAAUAGUUCUUAUAAAAAGAAAUUUGAAUACAAAAAUAAGGAUAAAUUUCUAAAGAUUUUGAGAAUUUCCAUAUCAGAUGAGACUAUUAUAAAAAUCACAAAUUUUGAGAUUGAUAACUUAAAUACAUUAGAAAUACCAGCAGAAUGUAAAUAUUGAAGAAGAGAUUUAUUAUUUAUAGAAUCGAUAACAAUUCACAUAACAAUAUAAGCAUCUAAAAAUGCAAAUGUGUUUAUGAAGUUCAUUAGAUAUGAUACAGAUUAAAUAGAGGAAGAGUUACUUUUCAAGAUAGAAUUAAAAUAAUGA